AUGUUCUCCUUCAAAGUUUCUUCCUGGGGGAGGUACGUGUUCCUAAUCAACUUGAUACCCUUACACGUUUUGUGUUUAAUGCUAACUGGCAGAUUUGGCCAUCGUGUAUACGUUGCUUACAGUACUGUAUAUUGUGUAGGAACAAUAUUGUCGAUGCAGAUAUCUUUUGUUGGAUUCCAACCAGUGCAGAGCUCUGAACAUAUGCUGGCGUUAGGAGUGUUUGGUCUGUGCCAAAUCCAUGCAUUCGUAGAUUAUUUAAAGAGCAAAUUAUCGGCCACGGAGUUUGAGAUAUUAUUUAAAGCAUUGGUGUACGUAGUCGCAACUAUUACAGUUGUUGCCGGAUCUUUACUGGCAGUCUCUGGAAAAAUUGCGCCUUGGACAGGAAGAUUUUAUUCGUUAUUAGAUCCGUCGUAUGCUAAAAACCAUAUUCCUAUAAUAGCUUCUGUUUCUGAACAUCAGCCAACAUCAUGGUCAUCAUUUUAUUUUGAUCUACAACUUUUGGUCUUUCUAUUUCCUGCAGGAUUAUACUUCUGUUUUUCAAAAUUAUCGGAUGCCAACAUAUUUUUAAUAUUGUACGGAGUUACGAGCAUUUACUUUGCAGGUGUAAUGGUCCGAUUGAUGCUUGUCCUAGCCCCAGUCAUGUGUAUCUUAUCAGGAAUUGCUGUAUCAUCGCUCCUCCUCACAUACAUGAAGCAACUCGAUGACAACACUGGACACACAACAAAUGUAGGCGGAGGAGGUGGAUUCAAAAGGAAAGAUGUCAGCGAUAGAAAAGCUAAGAAAUUGGAAAGUCGAUCACCACUGAGAAAGCAGAUAGCAACAGCCUUCGUCUGCAUAAUGACAUUAUUGUUGAUAUCGUAUACCUAUCAUUGCACUUGGGUGACCGCUGAAGCUUACAGUUCUCCAAGCAUAGUUCUAUCAGCUAAAUCACAUGAUGGUGGAAAAAUUAUAUUUGAUGACUUCCGAGAAGCUUAUUAUUGGCUGCAGAUGAAUACACCUCAGGAUGCUCGUGUGAUGUCAUGGUGGGAUUAUGGAUACCAGAUAACGGCAAUGGCCAAUCGUACAAUUCUGGUUGACAAUAAUACUUGGAACAACACACACAUUUCUCGGGUCGGUCAAGCCAUGGCAAGCACUGAAGACAAAGCCUACGAAAUAAUGAGAGAACUAGAUGUUGAUUAUGUACUAGUGAUAUUUGGAGGACUAACUGGUUAUUCUUCUGAUGAUAUCAAUAAAUUUUUAUGGAUGGUGCGCAUUGGAGGUAGUACUGACAGAGGUGCCCAUAUCAAAGAGUGGGAUUAUUAUUCACCAAGCGGAGAGUUUAGAGUAGAUAGGGAAGGUUCACAAACUCUACUUAAUUCUUUAAUGUACAAAAUGUGCUACUAUAGAUUUGGAGAGGUUUACACCGAAGGAGGAAAGCCUCCAGGUUACGACCGUGUACGUUCGGCAGAAAUUGGCAAUAAAGAUUUUGAACUCGAUGUACUAGAAGAAGCCUACACAACCGAGCAUUGGUUAGUAAGAAUCUAUAAAGUAAAAGAUCUGAGAAAUCGUGGUGUAUAAAAAU